ACCCUCAUGGCUUUCUGCUCUCGUUUCUCAGCUCUUUCUGGGCUAGCUGCACGCCCAAGCCCAUGCCUCUACCCCAAUCUAGUCCCAGCCCCGGCCCCAUGGACACUGGCUGCGAAACUUACCGCCUUGCAACACCUGAAUCCUGAAGUAGUUCAGGAGCUUUAACAGCUCCCAAGCCGCCCUGCGCCUGUUGCUAUGGCGACUGGGAUGGCGGCCGGAAGCGCGGCCUAGUUGGGGGACCCCCUUGCCUGCCUCCCAGUAGCCGCGCCUCGCCCCAGGCCAGGAAUGGUUUUAGGGAAGACUAUUGCCUGAUGACAAGGCUGUCACUAUCAUUCUAUAACCUGACAUGAUGGGACCAGGCCAGCCAGCUUCAACCUGUGUUCAUCUGGCAUCUAGGGCCCAACUUGAUGGGAGGAGCGACCCCACAGUACUUCAGACCCAGAACCAGCUGCAGUUUAAUAGGAAUGUUCCUACCCAUUCAAGCAACUUGGCAAUCCGAUAUUCUUGCCCACAUGCCAUUAGAAUUGAAAAACUGAAGCACUCAUACAAUGAAUCAUACCAUUGUAAUGAUGCAGAUUGUAGAGUUGGUCCUGACCUAGGCAGUUCUGUUUCAUUUUCCGUCAUAUCAGAAGAGAGACUUAGCUAUGCCAUCCACCUGGCCAGAAGAGAUGUGAAACGAAGACAAUUCGAAGAACACAUAAAAGAACAUCAUCUCAGAAGUCAGCCUCAAAGCUCUCAGAAGUGUGGACACACUAAGUAUAAAAUACCUGACCACAGGGUGGAAAGGAAGGAACCAAAGAGUCAAGCAGUCUGUCAGUGCAGCCACCAGCCAUCCAAAGUAGAAAUCUCCAGCUCGGGUGCCAAAGUAUACCUUUACUCAUCUCAUCCAGGCCAGUCAGAUCUCACCAUGCCAAAUUCACCACCCACCCAUGAUCCGGGACUUCAGCUUCAUCCCAGGAUAGGUGAUCACAAAAACAUCAGUGAACAGAAAAGCCUGCUAGAAGUCCAGCGACUCCAGAAAGAAUUGAGCAGUUGUAUCCACAAAAUUGAAGAGGUAACUAAAAAAGAUAGACUAGAAGAAGCUUUGGAUCCAGAUGAAGAACGUCGAGUCCGUAUCAGGAGACAGGAGCAAGCUGUUCGCUCUGCCCGAAUGCUCUACGUCCUCCAGCAGCAGGUUAAAGAAAUCCAGGAAGAGUUGGAUAAAUUGAGUCCACAUAAAAUUAAACACACUAAGAAGUCAUGGGCAAUGUCUAGGCUGGCGGCUGCCCAUCGAGGAGCCAUUCGGGCCUUACACAUGUUCAUCACUCAGUUUACUGACCGAGGGGAACACCCCCUUCCUGCUCGGUGCAGGGAACUGGGCAGCCUUAUUCGCCAGCUUUCACUUUGUUCUGCCAAGCUGGAUGCAGACCCUUCUGUUCCUGAUGUGGUUAUAGACAUUCUGCAACAAAUUGAGGCUUUGGAAUCUCUCCUGGAAAAGAAACUGUCACCAAAAAAGGCGAAAAAGUGUUUCAGUGAAAUUCGGUUUCCUAUUGGUAGCCAAAAGACCUUAGAGAGAUGGCCAAGUAUAUCACUAAGGGGUGAGAGGAGACCCGUCACAGCAAAGGACACAUUUCCACCGGAAACAAGUCGCCCUCCCGUGGCAAAGAAGCUUCUUGCUGAUAAGUAUCAGCCUGAAAUGGAGUUUCCGGAGACCCAGAGGUUGCAGAGUGAGCUUGAUGUAUUAGAUGCGGAUAUCCUUCCGGAAGAAGGACCAUUUAUCCUAGACCAAAGUGCAAGCUUCAAAGAUGAGGCGUUAGCCGUGGCAAAAACAAAAGCAGUGCAAAGGAAGCCUAUGACUGAGAAAGUGCCGUUUAGGAAGAAAGAUACUCCGGCACCAGCAAGACAGCAAGGACUUCACAAAGCUGAGAGAAGUAGACAAAGCCAACCUCAUACUAAAAGCAGAGUGCAGCAGACAACAGUUUCAUCCAGAUUAAAAAUGAACCGACAGCCUGUGAAAAACCACAAGGCACCAUGGAUACCCCCAAACCCUACAUCCCCACCAGCAUCUCCUAAAUGUGCUGCAUGGCUAGAGGUGAAAUCUAGCCCCAGAGAUGCCACAAAAGAGUCUCUCCAGCAAGAAGAUACUCAAGAGGAAAAUCACUUGACAGGUGCUGUUGAGCAUGAGGCAGUCAGGCUCGCUUGGCUUGAUGCUGAAACUUCCAAAAGAUUGAGGGAACUAGAAGAAUUAAAAGCCAAAGAAAUUGACAACAUGCAAAAACAGAGGCUUGACUGGCUUGAUGCUGAAACUUCUAGAAGAGCAAAGGAACUCAGUGCUCUCAAAGCUGAAGAAAUGGAUAGACUCCAAAAAUUGAGUGUUUCUGCCACCCAGUUAGCAGACAAGGUAGAAGAGGCAGUUCUGGAUCGUUUGAAGCCUCUCCUGGUCAAGGCCCAGAGAGUCAAUUCUGCUACAGUAGCAAAUACUCACUUGAAGGAUGGUUCGUCAGUAAACAGGAAAGCCCAGCCUGCGCAGGAGGUUACAGCUGUUGAUUCUGAAUCCAACAACAUUCAUAAGCUUGAUGAUUUUUUGGAAGAUUCUGCCCAUGAGCUCUGGGCUAUGAUUCAUGCUAAAAUCUUGGGGUCUGAAACCUUAGCCACCAUUGAGGACAGCAAAGAUAGUCUAGAGCUGGAGAUCAUGAUGCGCCGAAUGGAAGAAAUGGAAAAAUACCAGGAGUCAGUUCGUCAGAGAUAUCAUAAAAUUGUAUAUGCUGAUCCUCACCUUUGGAUGCAGGAAGAAAACAAUGACCAAAAAAUCUCAGCAGUAGGUGAAAAGCCUCUGUCUCCUCAUCCAAUCAGAAUCAUGAAGACAGUGGAUCGCAAGGAUCCAGCCGUGAACAUCAUGUUAGAAAGACCCUGUAAUGGCAAUUCCCUGGAUGAAAGUGUGGGAACAGAGGAGGGAUCAGAGAAAAGAGAGGCUCCCCUUCUCUCCCUUGCAGAAGAUUCUCAACAGAAAGAAGGCCGGGCUCGCCUCUUUGUCCCAGCAUGUAUGCGUCACAGCAUUGGUGACUACUGCAGUCGUUUUGAGCAGUACCUUCGGAUCCUGUCUCAUGAGGCUGUAGGCUCCUUCAACCCAUGGCUGAUAGCUGAAAGAUGGAGUCUCACUUUGUCGCCCAGGCUGGAAUGCAGUGGCACGAUCUCACCUCACUGCAACCUCCGCCUCCUGGGUUCAAGCAAUUCUCCUGCCUCAGCCUCCCAAGUAUUUUUGUAUUUUUAGUAGAGUCAGAGUUUUGCCACGUUGGCCAGGCUGGUCUUGAACUCCUGACCUCAAGUGAUCCAUGUGGCUCAGCCUCCCAAAGUGCUGGGAUUACAGGCAUGAACCACUAUCUCUUUUUUUUUUUAAAUUUAUGAUUUGAUUAUUAUCAUAUCUCAAGGAUGAGAGUUAUAUUGAUCAGAUCUUUAAAAAGCAUCCAAAGACAGUUGACUUCAUUUAAUAGCCUCUUGGGUAAAGAGAAAACUGAGGUUUUUCUUUUCUUUUAAUGUCUUUAUUUCUCUUUAUACCUGAAGAAAAGCACUGUUCCAGCGAUUAGUAUGAGCAGGUGAUAUAAACUGAAUGCAAAUCAAAGAGUGAUUGUGAAAGGAAAGGCUUAAAGUGACAGUGCUUUUAUUGAAACCAGACUCUUAAGAAUUCCUGGUUUGAAAAACAAUCAAGUGAAUUCUGGUUGAAAAGGACAGAUGAAUGUAUAUAUUUAUCUUUACUUCCUAUAUCUCUAUCCCACUAUAUAUCACUAAAAGAAUGAAUAAAAGACAUGAAACCAUAAAUGACAGCAAACAAGAAAGACCAUUGGAAGCCAUAAAGCAGUUAGACAAAUGGUAAAUGACUUAGCAGGCUAGGGAAAGCUAAAUGCCUAAUGAGGAUGAAGGCAAGAACCAAGUUUAUUUGUAAAGAACAUUGGUUAAGACUCAGGAAUUAGAAGCGUCAGAUGCUUGUGAAUGCAUGGAUAUAGAUGUAUUGGGCCACUCUUGCAUUGCUAUAAAUACUCAAGACUGGGUAAUUUAUAAUGAAAAAAGGUUUCAUUCGCUCACAGUUCUGCAGGCUUUACAGGAAACAUGGUGCUGGCAUAUGCUUGGCUUCUAGGGACACCUCAGGAAACAUAAAAUCAUGGCAGAAGGCAAAGUGGGGACCAGUUACAUCACAUAGCAAAAGAAGGAGUAAGCAAGGGGUGGGAGAGGAUACCACACACUUUCAAAUGACCAGAUCUCAUGAGAAGUCACUGUUGUGAAGACAGCACUAAGCCAUGAGGGAUCCUAUUACAUGAUCUAAACACUUUCCACCAGGCCCACCUCCAGCACUGGGGAUUGCAGUUCAUCAUGAGAUUUGAGCAGUAACAAAUAUAUGAAUAGUAUCAACAGGUGAGCCAGGAAAUAGGAGGCUUGGUUGAAAUUCAUGUUCUUGAAAAUGAGCAGACAGCUGAAAUGACCAGACAUUUGAUAAAAUCCAUGAAGGAUACAUAGGCUAUUAUAAUAGAUAAGCACUCUGUGGAAGCAAAGCAGAGACAAUACAGUGAGCAGAAUAAGACUUUAAAAACAGACUAGAAUUAAUAUUCUCAGAGAGCUAAGUGAAAUUGUUUUGUCAUGAAACAAGAACAGGAUACUAUAAAAAAGGAACUUUAAGGGAAUGAAAAGGAAGUUCAUAGAUAUUAAAAACAUGAUGGUUCAGGUAAACUCACUAGAAGGAUCCAAAGAAAAAAGUCAAAUGUCUCAGGCAGUAGAAUAAAAAGACGAGAAGCUAGAUAAUAAGGAAGAAAAUAUUUUUUUAAAUUAGAGGCCUGUUGUAGGAGAUUCAACAUCUUGAAUCACUGUAGUUCAAGAAUGUGGAAAAAGGGAAAUAGGAGCAAUGGGAAAUUAUCAGAGAAAUGCUAUAAGAAAAUUUCCCAGAAGGCUGUUAGUCUUUGGAUUGAAAGGGUUCAUCAGCUGUCCACUUAGAAGUGAAUGAGUGAGUGAAGGAAUAUAUGAAUAGAACAGAACACACCAUGACACAUCAUUAUGAAAAUUUGAGCAUCUCAGUAUAAGGAAAAGAAAAAUGACUGUACACAUUUAAAUAAUCAGGAAUGAGAAUGGCAUGUUGUUUUUAGUAGCAACACCAGAAACUAGAAGAUAUUAGAGCCUACUUCCAAAAUGUAACCUAGAAUUAUGUGCUCAGAUAAAUUGUCAAUUAAAGAUAAGGACAGAUAGAAUAGAAACAUUUUUUAGGGCUAGGUAUGGUGGUUCCUAUCUAAUCCCAGCACUUUGAGAGGCUGAGGUGGGAGGAUUGCUUGAGCCCAGGAGUUUGAUGCCAGCCCAAACAACAUAGUGAGACUUGGCCUCUACAAAAAAAUAAAAUAUUAGCUGGGCAUGGUGGUACAUGCCUGUAGUCCCAGUUACUCAGGAGGCUGAGGUGGAAGGAUUGCUUGAGCCCAGGAGGUCAAGGCUGCAGUGAGCCGAGUUGGCACCACUGCACUCUAGCCUGGGCAGUGGAGCAAGACCGCAUCUCUAAAAAAACAAAAACACAUUUUCAGGUAGGCAAAGUGUUUAAAAAUUUAGUUCCCAUGCUUCUGGAGGAUCUAAAUUACCAGUGCAAGAUAUACAUUAAGAAAGAAGAAUAAUUGGAUUUUAGGAAACUUAGACUCUACCCUGGAACUUCCAGAAGAAUGGCAAAAGCCUUUCUAGGACAAGAUUUUUCAGUAAGCAUAGAGAAGAACUAGUCCAGAUUAGAGCACUUUAGGGGGUGGAUGGUUCCACAAGGGGAAAAGCAGAACAGGGAAGAUUAAAAAGGAAGAAGAAAAAAAGAUACAGUACCUAAUAUGUUGGAAGGUAGUGGAAGUACCCUUGCAUUUCUCUCGCAGUGUGGGUAUAAAUUAGUGAUAGGAAUAUAGAAAAUGAAGCAAAUAUAAAAACGAGGUAAUCACUUUUGCUCCUAGUGAUGACGCACUUGGUAAUUUGGACCACCUCUCCCACUGAGGAUAACUGUUAAUAGAAAAGCUGUAUUAAAAAUAAAACCUAUAUUCUUGAAGGCAUCAAGAAGUGAACUAGGUAAUGAAGAAUAAUUGGGCCAGAAUCCUGGAGAAGACAGAGCCCUGGGGAGGUUAGCCCUUUGUUGAGCACUGGAUAUCCAGUUUGGAGAGAGAUGAGCAGCACUUCUGACAGUCUUUUCAGAUCAGAGGACAGAGGUUGGAAUCCAUGGGUUGCCAAAAUGGAGGAGUUGUCCUGGUGAACUUUCCUCACUUUUAAUUGGGACCCUAAAAGAUUGCACUCUGGAAGUACAGGUGACCUGGAAUAGGCCCUCUCAUGGACUCCACUCAGCUCCAAAUUAUCUCAGAUUGGAUUGAGGUGAUUCUAGAUUGUUACUGCCCCACAGGCACCAAGCAUUAGGAAACAUAAAUUUUCUCUGGAGGAAAAUAACAUCAUCUUAGGACUCAAUUUAUUUCUACAAUUGUCAAAUACAAUGUCUGGCAUAUGGUGAAAAAUAACCAGGCAACAGAGAAACAAGACAAUAACAAGAACAGACCUACAGCAGAUUCAAAUAUAGAGCCACCAGACACAGACUUUAAAAUAACUGUGCCUAGUGCAUUCAUAGAAAUGAAAGACACGAAUUAGAACUUCAGCAUAGAUCUGGGAACUAAACAAAAUCCAAGUGGACAUUCUAGAAUGAAAGAUAACUUUUCUGAAAUGAGGAAUUUAUUACAUGGGCUUAAUAGCAAAUUAGACACAACAGAAUUAAAAAUUAGAGACUUGGAACAUAGGAUAGAAGAAAAUAUCCAGGGGAUUCCCAGAGAUUAAAAGUGAAGAAGAGAGGGAAAGGGACAUAGAGGAGGUUAGAAGGUCUAACAUGUUGUUGGAAUCUCAGGACAGGAGAAAGAGAAAAUGAGUCGGAAACAACAUCCCAAGAGAUAAUGGCCAUCACUUCCCCCGAGUAGCAAAAGACAUCAAACCAUAGAUUCAAGAAGCUCCAAAAACCCCAAGUAAGAAAAAUAUAAAGAAAUCCAUACUUAUUCAUGUCUUCAUAUUACUGAAAAAUUGCAGACAGAGAAAAUCUUAAAAUUAGCUAGAGGAAGAAAAAACAAUAUAAACAAAAACAGUGGAAGCUGGAAGACUUGGCGUAUCUUUUAAAAUUCCAAAAGAAAAGAACUACUAAUGUGGAGUUCUAAGCCCAGUGAGGAUAUAUCAGAAGGCAAGGUGAGAAAAGAGUUUCCUAACAAAGCUGAGUUACCACUAGACCACCACUGUGGGAAAUGUUAAAAUCAGUCACAGACGGAAGGUCAGAAAUAUAGGAAGGCAUGAAUUUUAAAAAUAGGUAAAUAUGUAGGUUAAAGUAAAUAUAGUAUGUAUGAAGCAAUAAUACUGAUGUUUUAUGGGGCCGGGUGUGGUGGCUCACGCCUGUAAUCCAAACACUUUGGAGGCCAAAGCGGGCGGAUCACCUGAGGUCGGGAGUUCAAGACCAGCCUGACCAACAUGGUGAAACCCUGUCUUUAAAAAAAAAAAAAAACAAAAAAACCUGAUGUUUUAUGAAUGCAUGUGUAUGUGUACUCCCACGUUUAAAAUAUACAUUAACAAUAGCAUGUAAGAAUAUACGUCAGGAAGGGGAUAAAUAGAGUUAGCAUUCUAAGAUCAUUGCAUUGUAUAGGAAAAAAGUAAGGAUAUCAAUUAAAGUUAGUUGUCAAUCGUAGAUACUUGUUGUGACCUAGGGUGGCCACUCAAAGAAUAAUACAAGUGCAUGUAAUGUCCACGUCAAUAGAGAAGAACAGAUGUAGUUUAAAAAUCACAAAAUCUAAAGGAAAGCAAGAAAGAAGAGAGAACAAAGAGACAAAUACAGAAAAUACCUAUUAUGGUAGAAGCAUAAAUUCAAAAGUAUCAGAAUAACAUUAAAUGAAAAAGGACCUUACAUGCCAGUUAAAAGACAAAAGAUUGUCAGAUUCGCAAAUGAACAAAACAACUGGGUGGUAAUGGGGUAGAAGGGAUAAGAGAGGGGAAUGAAACGUACUUGCAUUUAUUUACCUUUUUUGUGUAACUCUGACUUUUGAAAUCAUGUGAACGUUUCUUAUACAUCCCCUCUACUCAACAAGAAUUGGUGGGGGACCCUUAAAUUGAAUAUAAAAGGAAACAUGAAUCUAAUUGUAUUUCAGAUAAAUAAUAUCACACUAACGAGAUGAAGCCUAAGUCACUUUUUGAUUCUAUACCUCUCUGGCUAAAGACAAAAAGAACUGUAAACACAUAACGAUUCUAGUUCGUAGGUUUCUUUUACACAGUGGCAUGGGUUAACAGUUCUAAAACUACUUUCUCUAUAUUUUACCACUGGUCAAAUAAGUACAUUGUGAAUAAUGGCAGCAGGGUUUCUAGGGGAAGGCUAGGAUGAAUGUAUGGUUUUUAAUAGAUGUAGAAAUAGAUACAGGGUCUUUCUUAGUUUGUCUGCUGAGAAGGCCCAGAAGCAGAGGCGCCAGUAGCAAUCAGCACACCUGUUACCCACAUCUUGGUUUCUAAAUACUGUUCUCCUUGAAAAGGUACUAGGGCUUCUUGGAAGAAGAGGUGAUUACAAGACGGGCUGGGGCUGGAAAAAUGUAAGAUAAGCCUUAAACAUACUGUGCUAGAAAGGAAGUGCUCAAAAAAUGAUUGGGACAUGCUACAGGAGCCAGCUUGAAGAGGUGCCUUCUGGCCAAAGCCAGGACAUUUUCAAGCUUCCAAAUAAGUAAUAAUAGUAGUGGAUUACAAACUACACAAUAAAAUAAGAAUCUAGAAGACCAAACUGAUAUGAAUGAAUCCGUAAGUAAAGGAAAAAGGAAAGCUCUUCAUUACAGUAGAAUGCCAGCUAUUAAUUGAAGAAGGAAUGAUGGAAUUAUAAAAUCAGUGUUUGGCAACCCUGUAAUAAUUGAUUUAGGCAAGUUUGAUGAGAAGCAGGAAUUUACGUAGUCUCAAAGUAUCUCCCUCCACUAUACCUAUUAAUUACAAAAGCAAAAACAGUAAUCCAAGGGAGAAACCUGGCAGACAUCACCAUAACCCAGGGAUGCAAAAUUAACUGUCAUCAUUAAAGGAUAGUAAAUAGAUAUCACGGUGCACUGAAGGGAAACAGUAUCCUUCUGGGACGUUCCUUUCAGAUGGCCUGAAUCUGAUCUUAAAGAAAAAACCCAAAUUGAGGGACAUUCUCCUCCCAAAAAAGGCCUUUACUCUUUAAAAAAUGUUAUGGUCAUGAGAGGCAAAGAAAGACUGAAGAACUAUUUCAGAUUAAAGUAGACGAAGAUAUGACAACUAAAUGUGACAUAGAAUCCUCGACUAGAAUCUUGGACUAGAAAAAAUUUUCUUUUGAAGGACAUUGGAUGGUUGGCAAAAUUUGAAUAAGGCCUGUAGACAAGACUAGAUAAUAGUUUUGUAUCAUUGUUAAUUUUAUAAUUGUUAUAAUUGUAACGUGGUUAUUUAAGAGAAUGUCCUUGUGUGUAGGGCUAUUUGGGAGAUAUGAAGCCUGCACCCUGCUCUCAAACAGUUCAGAAAAUAAAGGGGUUUGUGUGUGUGUGUGUGUGUGUGUGUGUGUGUGUGUGUGUGUAGAGCACCUGGGCUUCUGCAGAGAAGACACACCCCUUUCCUCCGUUAGUCAGUCAAGCAGCUGUUAGAGGUGGGACUAGGUGUCAGCUGGUUGGUUUCUGGUCAUCUCUGGUUUCAGACAUAUUGAGGAUGAAGUCCAUCCUGUGUAUGUUUAAAGCUUAUCCCUCUAGCAGGGCUUUGGGAUCUGAGCGCCACCAUCCUUCUGUUCAGGAGAGCAGGACCUUACACCUUGUUUUCCUUCUUUAAAAGUAUCUUGGCUAUUUUUGGCCUUCUCUGUUUCCAUUUAGAUUUCAGAAUUGACGUGUUAAUUUCCACAGCUGAGUAAAAGAAUGGCUCCCAUAUAUGGCUGUACAUACCUUUAUUUUAUUUUAUUUUAUUUAUUUUGAGAUGGAAUCUCGCUCUGUCGCCCAGGCUGGAGUGCAAUGGCAUGAUCUUGGCUCACUGCAACCUCCGCCUCCUGGGUUCAAGCAGUUCUGCCUUAGUCUCCCAAGUAACUGGGAUUACAGGCAUGCCUGCCACCACGCCAAGCUAAUUUUACAUAUUUUUAGUAGAGACAGGGUUUGACCAUGUUGGCCAGGCUGGUGUCAAACUCCUGACCUCAGGUGAUCCACCUGCCUUGGCCUCCCAAAGUGCUGGGACUACAGGCUUGAGCCACUGUGCCCAGCCUUGUACAUACCUUUAGUCAUGUUGUUUGU